CCAAGAAUGGUGGUGGUAACUGGUGAGCUGAGCUAAGGGAAGAAAUUCAGCGCGUCUAAGAGUCAUGAUCAGCACCACCACCCGCAUGUACAGCUACCUAGGCAGGUGGCUUGGGGUGGCUGGCUACAUGAUACAGUAUGGAUGCAUUGCCCACUGUACUCUUGAGUUUGUGGGUGACUUUGUUGUGUGUCGUGGACCCUCUAUGGAGCCAACAAUCUACUCUGAGGACGUAAUACUGACAGAACACAUUACUCCUCGUUUCAACCGCAUUAGUCGUGGAGAUGUAAUCAUUGCUCGCUCUCCUACCAACCCCCAUCACCACAUCUGCAAGCGUGUUACUGGUCUGGAAGGGGACAGAGUCAAGGAUGGAUUUAAGACACAUUAUGUUCCCAAAAGUCACGUGUGGCUGGAGGGAGACAACCAUAACAACUCAACUGACUCCCGUAACUUUGGCUCGGUACCAGCUGGGUUGAUCCGAGGGCGAGCAGUGUUCAGGGUGUGGCCGCUCUCUGACCUGGGUCUGCUGGACUCUUCCUACUCUUCUUCCUCCUCAGCCCAGAAGUGGGAGGUGGAUCAAUGAUGAAAUGUUCCAGUAGAGGAGAUUAUUAUUGCUCCCUUUUUCUAACCAUGUGGGCAGUGAACACCUCUUGAAAUAUGGGUUUCUGCAGAGGGAAAUACUGCAGUGGUGUAAUGAACUUUUAUUUCGGGUGAAGGAGAUGAUAAAGAAGGAAGAACAAAGGAAAAGAAGAAGGAACAGAAGGAAGAAUAUGAAAGGAAAGAAGAGAAAGAAGGGAAAAAAAGAAAUGGAAGAAGGAAAAAAAUUAAGGAAGUAGAAAAAGAUGACAAAAAAAUAUACAGUGAUUGAACUAAUAUAAAUAGUAGCCAUCUUGUUUUGUUGAUGAAAAGUAUCGCAGAAGAAAUAGUUUUUAAUCCAAACCCACCAGAUGCUCCUUUACCUGUAUAACUCAUAACUUGAAUAAUUUAAAUUUGUUACAUAUUUUCAAAUUACUGUUGACAUUUUAUAAGUUGUAACACAAGUUUCUGCAGAUAUUGGUUUGAGGUGAAAGUACAAGUUAUUCUAAGAAAAUGUUCAAUGCUCUUAUGCAUUUUAAGGCCUUGUUUGGCCAUGGUAUAAAAUUCCAGUGUGACAGAUGAACAGAUGGAUGGCAUAUCUGCAUACUCCACAUUACUUAAGCAUAUGGCAUUGCUGAGUUUUUUUUUUUUUUUCAAAAUUGUCAGAACUAUUGUUCCAACAGGAUAAUUUAUCAUGGUGGCUAACAAUUUCAAUUUAGAUAUAAAGAUCCAGUCUCUAAAAGCCUGAUCAUAAUAUUACUAGCCUCAAACAAUUUAUGGCAAGAUGUAAAAGCUUACAUAAGUCUCUCACUGCACAUAAUAUCAAUAGAGAUGAAAUGUGUUUCAUAUUCCUCAUAAAUUACUUACUAUCCCCUGUAAAGGAAAUAUAAAAAGGGUGCUGAAGGAAAACAUGUUAAAUAUAGAGGAAGUUCUGGAUUGUUUGAGAAAUGAAGUAUUCACAAUUGAGAGUAGUACAUCAAUAGUUGAGAGUAAUGCAUCCAUAGCUAAGAUGGAAAUAGAACAUUAUGCAGAUAGAUUCAAUAUAGGACAAAAGAGGGAAGAGAAGCUUAAAAUUCAAUGUAAAUUAUGCCACAGACAAAAUCAUCCAUGGUUCAAAUGCCACAAAUACAGAUCCUGAUUCAGAGGAUAAUGUAAUGGAUGUUUGGAACCUGAGCACUACAAUAAAGGCUGCACAAAUCCUAACAUAAAAAAAUGCAAAUUUUGCAAAAAGAAACACUGCCAUUCCCUUUGUUUAAAAUCUAAAUCAACAAAUCCCAAAGAAAGGACUAUCUUAACUACUACACUAAUAUUACUCCUUGUAGCAAAAGGAGGUAAGAACACUAAGUUAAGGGCCUUGUUAGACCAGUGUUCACAAAAAAAUUUUGUCCUCAAGUCCUCUUUGGCCAUAAUAAAGUAUAAAUUGAUUGACAAAGAAACCCUAAUGCUACAGGUGAUCAGAUAAACAGGGAUUUUAUAAAGAAAGUGAAUAUGCAUAACAAUAACCAUCAUGCUCUUCACUAUUUAUCACAUCAUGGCAUGAAAAAAGAUAGCAUAACCACUCCAGUUAGAAUAGACUAUGAUUGUUCAGCUAAACAAUCCCCUAAUUCAUUAAGCCUCAAUGACUGCUUGUUAGCAGGUCCAAGUCUAGUACCUGACUUAGCUCAGAUUCUACUAAGAUCCAGGCACCAAAAAUGUACCUUCAUGUCAGAUAUAAAAAACACAUCACUGAUGGUGGAUGAUGAAAAAGAUUGAGACUAUAUUAGAUUUCUGUGGCCAAGAGAUCCCUUAAAUCCUGUUUUCCCAUUUUACAUCUUUAGGUUCAAGGUUGUUUUGUUUGAAGCCACCUGUUCUCAGUAUCUACUUAAUGCCACCAUUGCCCAUCACCUAACUGAUUUCCAAGAACAGGAGGACAGUAUUAAGAACAUAAAACAAGGAAUAUAUAUUGACAACCUACAGGGAACAAAUAAGCAUGAAGAAGAUCUAUUAGAACAAUACUGGCAGGUACAGAGAAUAAUUAAUAAGGCCCACCUGAUAUAAGAGAAUGGGUAACUAACAGUCCCAAACUACAAGAUCAACUUGAGAUAUACAAUGGUAUAUCUAAGAAACAAGACCAAGUUAAUCUGGAAACCAGGUACACAAACACACUUUCAAAAUCAGUGACUUUAAGGAUCCUGAUAAAAUAACAAAAAGAUCAUGCUUAAGUAUGGUGUCAAAACCAUUUGAUCCACAAGGCUUAUUGCUUUACGUAACAGUCAAGUCAAGAAUAUUUUUACAAGGCCUGUGGAAACUAAAAACAUCAUGGGAUCAGACUCUACCUGAUAAACUUUGUGAUCAACAGAAUCUACUUAACAAGGAACUCAAAACAGCAAACAAAACAGAAAUGCUUAGAACAACCAUAAUACAAGAGGAAACAGACUUGCAUAUUUUUAAUACCAGCAAUAAGAUAUGUGGAGUUUGUGUCUACAUAUGUAACAGUGGGUAAGGGAACUUGAUAAUAGGUAAAGCAAAGGUUGCCCCAUUAAAAAACCUCACCUUCCUUAAAUAGAACUAACUGCUGUCCUCUUAGCUGCUAGGCUAAUCACUUCAUCCAUGAAGCCUAUUAGGGUGUAAUUAAUGUAAGAAGCAUUAACUUAUUAUGUGACAACCAAAUCACUCUAUAUUAGUUACAAAGUCAGAAGACAUUACCCAUAUAUGUGGCCAGUAGUGUAAGAGAAAUCAACCAACUCAUUCCUAAUGUAAACAUAAAAUAUGUGACAACUAAAGAUGUUCCAGCAUAUCUCCUAACUCAGGGAAUAAAUAUAGAUGAGCUAAAUCAGUCCUCUCUGUGGUGGCAAAGACCCUCAUGGCUAGCCCACAAAAAUGAGUGGCCAAAAGUGCAAAUUAACAUGACUCAACCUACUGAGAUAAAUAAUUCUAAAUACAGUCACAACACCAGCUAAAUUAUUGGAAUACAGCAAAUAUAACUAGAGAUCAAAAAUAUUAGCCAAAAACUCCUUUAUUAACAGAAAGUGUUGAAGUCUUUCAAGAUCCAGUUCCUCCCAUGACUUCUGGCACCUAGCCAGAAACAUCUCCAAUAACUUUGCUUCUUCAUCUUUCCCUCCUUUAUUUCAACCUGAUGGCACCAUUGCCAUCUCAUCUAUUUCUAAAGCUGAACUCUUUACUCAAACCUUUGCUAAAAACACUACCUUCAAUAAUUCAGGGCUUGUUCCUCCCUUUCCUCCAUCCUCUGACUACUUCAUGUUACUUAUUAAAAUUCUUUGUAAUGAUGUUUUCCAUACUCUCGCUGACCUAAACCCUCGGAAGGCUUAUGAACCUGAUGGGGUCCCUCUUAUUGCUCUCCGAAACUGUACCUCCAUGCUUGCACCUUGCCUAGUCAAACUCUCUCAAGUUUGUCUGUCAACACCUACCUUCCCUUCUUCCUGGAAGUUUACUUACAUUCAGCUUGUUCCUAAAAAGGGUGACCAUUCUGAUCCCUUAAACUACUGUGUUAUUGCUUUAAUUUCGUGCCUAUCUAAAGUUUUUGAAUAUAUCCUCAACAGGAAGAUUCUUAAACUUAUAUCACCUCACAACCUUCUAUCUGAUUGCCAGUAUGGUUCCAUCAAGGCCACUCUGCUGGUGAUCUGGCUUUCCUUACUAAGUCUUGAUCAUCCUCAAAACUUUUGCUGUUGCCUUAGACAUAACAAAGGCUUUUGAUAGAACCUGGCACAAAGCUUUGAUUUCUAAACUAUCCUCCUAUGGGUUCUAUCUUUCUCUCUGUGGCUUUAUCUCAAGUUUCCUUUUUGACUGUUCUAUUGCUGCUGUGGUAGACAGUUACUGUUCUAAAAUCUAUUAACAGUGGUUUUCCUCAGGGUUCUGUUCUGUUACCCACUCUCUUCCUAUUAUUCAUCAAUGAUCUUCUAAAACAAAUUUCUUGUACUAUCCACUCCUACGCUGAUGAUACCACCCUGCACUUUUUCACGUCUUUUCAUAGACAUCCAACCUUUCAAGAAAUAAACAGUUCACACAGGGAAGCCACAAAAUGCCUGACUUCUGAUCUCACUAAAAUUUCUGAUUGGGACAGAGCAAACUUAGUAUUAUUCAAUGCCUCAAAAACUCAAUUCCUCCAUCUAUCAACUUGAAACAGCCUUCCAGACAACUAUCCACUCUCCUUCAAUGACAUUCAACUGCUCCCCCUCUUCUACACUGAACAUCCUCAGUCUGUCCCUUACUUAUAAUCUAAACUGGAAACUUCACAUCUCAUCUCUAGCUAAAACAGCUUCUGUGAAGUUAGGUGUUCUGAGUUGUCUCUGCCAGUUUUUCUUCCCUCCCCCCCACCUCACCCCUGCUGCUAACUCUGUACAGGGGCCUUAUCUGUCCAUGUAUGGAGUAUGCUUUACAUGUAUGGGGGGGUUCCACUCAUACUGCUCUUUUAGACGGGGUGAAAUCAAAAGCUUUUCAUCUUAUCAACUCUCCUCUAACUGACUGUCUUCAGCCUCUUUCUCAUCACCGCAGUGUUGCAUCACUUGCUAUCUUUAUUGCUAUUUUCAUGCCAACUGCUCUUCUAUUCUUGCUAAUUGCAUGCCUUCCCUACUCCUACUGCCUCACUGCAUAAGUCUUUCUUCUUUCUCUCACCCCUAUUCUAUCCACCUCUCUAAUGCAAAAGUUAACCAAUAUUCUCUAUCAUUCAUCCCUUUCUCUGGUAAACUCUGAACUCCCUGCCUCCUGUAUUUCCAUCUUCCUAUGAUUUCAACUCUUUCAAGAGACUGGUUUCAAGACACAUAUCCUGCAUUUUUUAUUAAUGCUUUUGACUCUGUAAAGGGACUGGCACCUCACUGGGCCUUUCCUUUUUGUUGCAAUUUUUGUUGCCCUUGGUUGGUGUCCCUCCUACAUAAAAAAAAAAAAAAAAAAAAAAAAAAAUGGGUACUUCAUUAUAUAGAUAACCCCAAGGCUAAGUCAAAGGCUUUGGCUAUAUCAAUACUGCCUAAUCAUUAAGGUGGGAGAAGUAGAGGCAGCAGAACAUAAAUUAAUUAAAUUAAUACAAAAGGAAGAAUUUUUUAAAUACACCUUAUUCAUAAGAAAGGCUGAUAGAUUAUCAUAUACAAACAUAAUACUCUAUGGGUUGUACCUAGAAAAUGACAUCAUAAAAUGUGGUGGGAGAAUACAACUAGCUAAUGUGCCUGAGUCAACCAAACAUCCUAUUUUGCUACCUGGAUAUCACCACAUGACCAACCUACUAAUACAAAGAUGUCAUGAACAAAACUACCAUUAUAGCACCAACUUUAUCAUGGCUUAUAUGAGGCAGAAGUGAUUAGAAAAUGUAAGACAUGCCAGAAAUGUAAAGGCAAACCAUUCUCUCCUGCAGAUGCACUUCUACUUCCACAAUUUAGAACAUAAGUGAACCCUUUAGCAUAACAGGACUGGAUUUUACUAGUGCUCUAAAGGUUAAAGGAGAGGCUAGUCAGGUUGCCAGGGCAUAUAUCAUUCUGUUCACCUGUGCCACUACCAGGGCCAUCCAUUUAGAACUGGUAUCUGAUUUAACAAAUCAAAACUUUAUGAAUGCCUUUAGAUGAUUUACAAGUAGACAGGGUCUACCACAACUUAUAUUAAGUAAUAAUGCAACAACAUUUGUUAUGGCUGCCAAUUAGCCAUGUCAAGGAAAUUAUGGAAGACCCUCGUGUAAAUAGCCAUUUAACAUCAGUCAACUGUGAAUGAAAAUUUAUUACAGCUUAAGCCCCCUGGUUUGGUUUCAUAUGGGAGAGGUUAAUAGGGAGUGUAAAAACUGAAUUAAGGAAAGUCUUUUGUCACAUUUGAUGAACUGCACACUAUCAUAUGAGAAUUAAGAUCCACUAUAAAUGAUAGACCCUUAACUUAUGUAAGCAGUGAUAUCAGUGAACUCAUAUUAGAAUUAAGAUCCGCUAUAAAUGAUAGACCCUUAACUUAUGUAAGCAGUGAUAUCAGUGAACUCAAUGCCAUAACCCCUUCACAGUUAUUAAGAGACAAAAGAUUGAAAUCUUUUCCUAAUCAGCUUUCAUUAGAAGAAAUAUCUGACCCAUCUUAGGGUUCUUCACAAAAUUUAAAGGAGACUCAAUUAUAAAAGUAAAUUUAUAAAUGAUAUAUGGAAAAAGGUGGGUCUCAGAGUCCCAUAGGUACAUAGUUCCCAAAGAAGGCAUGAUAUGGCCACAAGCCAUGGACGUCAUCCUCAUUCAUGAUGAUGGGCUGUGGUUCUGGUGAAGACUUGGUAAAAUCACUGGCCUACAUGAAGGACAGGACAGGUUAGUAAGGGCAGUGUAUGUAAAGACCUCCUCAGGCACAACCACUUGACCCAUUGCCAGAUUGUAUUCACUCAAACAAAGUCAGGUGGAUGUAGCACCCUCCACUGAUAAUAUCCAGCAGCAGGGGUCUGUCUGUAACCAGUGACCCCUGCAACAAAUGGCGGCAUGCUCUGCAGACUUAUGGAAAUAAAAAAUUGAAACCAGCCAAAUUUAAUGUCAAGUUUACCCCAUGUAAAUAUUUAUAAUAUAAACUAUUUCUCUUGGUGGUGGGAGUAUGUUGGAACUAUUGUUCGUGGUGAUGGUCAUAACAAUCUCAAUCUCAAUAAAAAUGUAUGAACCAAUGAGGAUCCAGGUUGGGUGGAUUCACACUUCUUGAACACCUCGCACUUGCUCUCUCUCUCUCUCUCUCUCUCUCUCUCUCUCUCUCUCUCUCUCUCUCUCUCUCUCUCUCUCUCUCU